AUGUUGGACGUCAUGGCGACCGGUGAGAUGCGAUCAGAUCUCAAGCUGCUCAGGACGUCUUUGAUUCUAGACCAAGGCGACACACGCAUGACUCACCAUGGAGACUGUCACAGACUGUGUAUUUACAAUGCGAGAACAGUGUCAACAGACGCUGACCUGCAUGCCCUUCUCGGAGCUGCAGAGCGUAUCAAAUUUCACGUGAUUGCUCUGCAGGAGACCAAGUGCAGAAGGAGCGACGUACAAAAGAUGAAUGACGGUACACUCGUCAUUCGUGGAGAGAAGGUUUCGUCGCGAAAUGUAGACAGUGUUGGUUUUGUUGUGCACCCAUUUGUCGUCCAGCUUGUCGAUUCUCACGAGAUCCUGUCACCCCGUCUGGCCAUUCUUCGCCUCCACCCUCUGCGCCAAAAACCCAUCAGUAUCAUCAACUGCUACUCACCAACAUCAGCAGCUGAUGAACCCGAAUUGGACGCGUUUUAUGAGGAACUGGAGGAAGUAAUCCGCAACGAGAAGUCCUUCUACAAAUUCGUUGUCGGAGACUUCAACGCAAAACUAGGAAAGGCCACAGAAGAAGAAUACAGGGUUGAAAGAUUUGGACUAGGGGACUGGAAUGAAAAUGGCAAUCGUCUCGUCGAGCUGUUGCCCGCCGCUCGCCUCUUUCAUGAGAAUUCCCUUUCCAUGGAGAAGAAUAAUCGUCGGUGGACAUGGGAAUCGCCCAAUGGUGCGACUCGUGCGGAGGUCGAUCACAUACUCACAAACCCGAGGUGGUGUCUACGUGAUGUCUCGGUAGUACCAUCGUUUUGUAGUGGUUCUGAUCACCGUAUCCUUCGUGCGAAAUACGACUUAACCACACGCUGGAAGAAAACAUUUACUAUCGGCAACGAAGGAAAAAAGAAGUCGUCUAUGACGAUUGCGUACUCGAGAACUCCUUGUCCCAAGGUGAUCAGCACAUCGAAAGGUACCCAAACGUGGACUAUGAGAUGCUGCUUAGAGGAUUACGAGCCUGUGCUGAGCGUGCCUCGAAGUCGCUCACGACAAACUUGGAUCGAAUGUCGAAGACCACCAAUGACUUGUUGGAAAGAAGAAGGGCUUUGA